AUGAAUACAAAUUUACAAAAAGAUUGUGAAUAUUCAAUAGAAUUAGGUGAUUCAUUUUCACAAUUAACAAAUUCAUCUUCUAAUAAUUCAUCUAAUUCUUCAUCUUCUAAUAAUGAAUUUCAUUCACUUGUUUAUAAAUUUAAACCUAAAAGUCUUAAAGAUAAUAGUUGGGAAGGUAAAAUAGAUAUAGAUACAUCAUCUACUAUUGUACAUUUAAAUACUAAUAAUUCAAGAUUAUUUAAAGGUACAUUUGAAUCUUAUAAAAAACCAAAUAUUCAUGAAUGUAUUUUAAUUUAUGAUAAAAAUAGUAAUACUUUUACUUUGGAAAAAUUACAUGCUACUAUUGGUGCUUUACAACAAAUUGAUAAUAAUUCUUCAUCUUCAAAUAAUUUACAAAAUUUAAAUAAUAAUAAUUCAUUAAAUAAUAUGAUGAUGAAUAAUAUUAUUACUGAAACUAUUACAAGUAAUUAUUUGAAUAAUAAUAAUAAUAUGAAUAAUAGUAAUAAUUUGAAUAAUAAUAAUAAUAAUUUGAAUAGUAAUAUGAAUAGUACAAUGAUGAGAUCAAAUUCAUCUUCAUCUACAACUCAAUUAUUAAAUUCAACUGUAUCAUCUAAAACAACAACACCUCCAAAGAGAAGUUUAACACCAAGUAGUUCAACACAUUCAUUAGAUAUUGAAUUACCAAAGAAGAAAUUAAAAGAUUCACCUCCUACUUUUAAUCCUACUUUUAUGACAAGUAAUAAUAAUAUGACUAAUAUGAUAAAUUCUAAUAUGACAAAUAGUAAUAAUAAUAGUAAUAGUACAAAAGGAUGUGAAUUAAUUUCUAAAAUGAAUAAUUUAACUCAUUUAGAAUUAAAUUCAACUGGUGUUACUGGUGAUGGUAUUCAAUAUUUUCAACAUUUAAAUAAAUUAUCUAUAUUAGGAAUUACAGGUGAAAAAUGGGAAAUUAAAGAUGAACAUAAUAUUAAAGAUAUUUCCUAUUUAAGUAACUUGAAAAAAUUAACAUUUUUAGAUUUAUUUAGAACUGAUAUAGUUAAUCAAGAUUUGAUUCAUAUUUCUAAAUUAAGUCAUUUAAAAUAUUUAAAAUUAGAUUGGAUUACAUUUGAAGGAAUUAAACAUUUAAUUAAUUUAACAAAUUUAAAAGAAUUAAAAUUAAUUGAUUCUGAAAUUGGUGAAAAGGGAAUUAAAAUUAUUUGUGAAAAAUUUCCAUGUUUAUCAAAUUUAAAUUUGGCAGAUGUAACAACAGGCGUCUAUGGUGAUAAAUCUCAAGGAGGACUUUGGCUUUCAUCUCUAGUUGAUAUAAGUCACGAGGAUGACAUCUAUCUGAUAGACUACUUCUUGAUGAAUAAGUUGAAGAGGAAGAUGAAGUGGACAGAAUCUACUUUCUGGUCACUCAAAGUAUUGACAUUUGUGACAAAUGAUUACAAAGCAGCCUCAGACAAAUCCAUUGCAAAACCUGUAAUCUCAGGAAUGUUAGAAGAGGAAGGUCAGCCAUUGAAAGAAAUUUAA